AUGACCACAGAUCGCCCCACGGGAGAGCUGGGAAACCUCACAGUUGAAGAGGAGCGCAAACUCCAGCAGGCAUGGGCGCAUAUCCUGCGCCUCUGCGACACCUCGCACGCCAGCAAUGAGGUGGGUGCCUGGGGUGAGACCCCUCAUCGGAGCGACGAGUUUCAGCAGUACCUGGUCAGCGUCCCGUCUGAACUGUUCAGGAACAGCCUCUGGAGGAUCAUCCUGCUGGACCAUCCUGAUUCCAUUCUGCUCCGUUUCCUUCGGGCCCGCAAGUGGGACGUGGAAAAGGCCAUUGAAAUGAUGGUCUCGGAUAUGAACUGGCGUGAGGAAGUCAAGAUUGACGAGCACAUCAUUGCAGGCGGCGAAUCUGUUGCGUUGAACCAGUCGCUCUCAGAAGAUGAUAAGGGGUUCCUGCAUCAAUAUCGAUCCGGAAAGAGCUACGUAAGAGGAGUUGACAAGCAGCAGCGGCCAGUCUAUGUCGUCAAGGCCAGGCUACAUGACCCAAACAUGCAAACAAGCAAAGCUUUGCAGAACUACAUCCUACAUAAUAUCGAGAGCAUCAGGAUUUUGGUGAAGCACCCCAAGGACAAAGCAUGUCUGUUCUUCGAUAUGACAGGUUUCGGUCUAAAGAACAUGGACUUCGAGAUUUCCAAGUUCUUAACGCACGUCUUUGAGGCGAGAUACCCAGAGACGCUCGGCGCCAUCAUCAUCCAUAAUUCUCCUUUUGUUUUCUGGGGAGUCUGGAGAAUUGUCAAGGGUUGGCUGGACCCCGUUGUAGCAGCCAAGGUCACAUUCACCCGCAACGAGUCCGAGUUGCACGAGCACAUCGACAAGGACAACCUACAGACCGAGUAUGGUGGCAAUGAUGAAUGGGAGUACAACUAUAUCGAGCCUAGUCACGGAGAUGACCACCUUCUCGGGAAGGAGGAGGAAAAGGCCCCGAUUCAAGAGGACCGCAACGAUCUAGCAAACCAAUUUGAAACCCACACCGCAGAAUGGCUGGCUCUCCACCCUAAUACACCCGAGGCGAAGAGUCUAUCUGCAAAGCGGGAUGAGUUGGCUGAGAAGCUGCGUCUGAAUUACUGGAGGCUCGAUCCUUACAUUAGGGCGACGACUUAUUAUCAUAGAGCGGGAGUUGUAGGCAGGACUGGAGAAGUGGAUUUCAUGGGCGCAAAACAAUGA